AUGUCCCUCCCAUCCAAAUACAAAGCCGCCAUCUACGAUGCGCCCGGUUCCAUCUCCACCAAAAUCGUUGACCUCGAAAUGCCCAAGCCAGGUGCUGGCGAAGUCCUGGUCAACCUCACGCACUCCGGUGUCUGCCAUUCCGACCUAGGCGUUAUGACAAACGCUUGGAAAACACUACCCUUCCCCACGCAAGCAGGGCAAGUUGGUGGCCACGAGGGCGUAGGCAAGAUCGUACAGAUGGGACCAGGAACAGAGAACUCGGCAGUCAAGGUUGGAGAUCGUGUGGGAAUCAAGUGGAUGGCGGGAAUUUGCGAGGCGUGUGAGGCUUGCAGGGCGGGGGUAGAUGCUUCGUGUUUCUCUGGUAAAGUAUCGGGAUAUUACACCCCAGGUACCUUCCAACAAUACGUCCUCUCCCCCGCGAACUAUGUCACGCCCAUUCCCGAAGGUCUCGACUCCGCAGCCGCUGCACCUCUCCUCUGCGCCGGUGUAACCGUCUACUCCGCGCUCCGUAAAACAAACGCUGAAUCAGGCGCUUGGGUCGUGAUAUCUGGUGCUGGAGGCGGCUUGGGACAUUUGGCCGUACAAUUCAGUGCUAGAGGAAUCGGUCACCGCGUAAUCGGCAUCGACCACUCUUCCAAAAAGGACCUCGUUAUGGAAAGCGGUGCCGAGCACUUCAUUCCCGUAGACGGCACAGAGAACAUGGUCGAAGCUGUUCAAGCCCUCACAAAUGGCCUAGGCGCUCACUCCGUCGUAGUAUGUACAGCAAACAACGCUGCCUACGGUCAAUCAGUCGAUCUACUCCGAUUCGGCGGUCGUGUGGUUUGUGUUGGUAUCCCCGAGGGUGACAUCGUACCCAUCAAGAGUGCGAACCCCGGUAUCUUGGUCGCCAAAUCACUGCAGGUUGUUGGAUCAGCUGUGGGAUCGCGGAAGGAGGCUAUUGAGACGAUGGACUUUGCAGCGCGCGGGAUCGUCAAGACGCACUUCAGGACAGAGAAGAUGGAUAAGCUUACAGAUGUUUUCAACGAGAUGCACGCAGGGAAGUUGCAGGGUAGGGUGGUGUUGGAUAUGAGGGAGUAG